GCCUGUGGCGAAUGUCCCAGAACAAUCUUCACGCUGUUCCGCCACAUUAUCUUGUAGAACAGGUGCCUGAAGUUAUCAAGUGAUAGAUUCAUAGAUUCAUACAAACGGUGCAUGGAUCUCCGAGGAGUAUCAGUAUUUGACUAUAAAUUCGUUGUUCUAUCACGCUCCUUGGAUUGUCUCAUCAAUCCCCGGCUGGCAAACACCCAGACCCUCCCAUACUCCCACUUACACCAACAAACUAGUCACAAUGUCGAAAAGCAACGCUGCCCAAGAGGCCACUAUCCAAGAUCCUGUAGGUGACGAUGGUGUCAAAGAUGAGCAGGCCAUCUCAAGUUCGCCUCUUCAGCCAGCAACCUUCAAGGGACGUCUUCAAAUGAGUGACUUCAUGUUCAAAUCAAACAAACCUUCAGAUGGCCAGACUUCCCCUAUACGAAGAUCACCAAGAUUCACAAAUCCCACCACUUCAACCUCAAUCUCAUCCGCUUCAGUCGCCAUAACGAAGCGGAGUAAAAAGCGAGACGCUGAAGACAAAGAUAAUGAGGUCAAGCCAAAGAAAAAGAGAGCACGCCAGGCUUCUGGAUAUGCACCUCCCUCGACAUACGCACAUCUCAAUGGCCUACCCGAUGCCAUCGCCUCGAAUCUUCUCGUUCUCUUCAUCGGUCUAAAUCCUGGUAUACAGACAGCACGGACUGGUCAUGCAUACGCUCAUCCGUCCAACCUGUUUUGGAAACUUCUGUACUCAAGCGGCCUUACACCACGUCUCUGCAGUCCAACCGAAGAUCGUCAACUCCCUGAACUCUACUCCAUGGGAUUCACCAAUAUUGUCGCCCGACCCAGUCGCAAUGGUUCCGAGCUUAGCAAGCAGGAGAUGGACGAGGGCGUCGAAAUUCUUCACGAGAAGUGCCGCAAGUACCGUCCUGAGUCUGUAUGUGUUGUUGGCAAGAGCAUCUGGGAAAGUAUCUGGCGUGUAAGACAUGGCAAACCCGUUGGAAAGGCCUUCAAGUAUGGCUGGCAGGACGAAUCGGAGAAUAUGGGAGUUAUUGAGGGCGAAUGGGAGGGGUCCAAAGUGUUUGUCUCGAGCAGCACAAGUGGCCUUGCUGCGACCUUAUCACCAACGGAAAAAGAACGUAUAUGGGCAGAAAUAGGAACGUGGGCUCAGAAACGGAGAGCUGAGAGGGAGCUUGAGGCAAAAGAAGACAACAAAUAGACCAUUGAUAGUGUAUAGUACAUAAGAGAUAAGAUAUU